CGCAGAGACACGACCCGCCAUGCACGUGAACGGCAAAGUGGCCCUGGUGACCGGCGCGGCUCAAGGCAUAGGCAAAGCCUUCACUGAGGCUCUGCUGCUCCAUGGUGCCAAGGUAGCAUUGGUGGAUUGGAAUCUUGAGACAGGUGUAAAAUGUAAAGCGGCCCUGGAUGAGCAGUUCGAACCUCAGAAGACACUGUUCAUCCAGUGUGAUGUGGCUGACCAAAAACAACUGAGAGAUACUUUUAGAAAAGUUGUAGACCAUUUUGGAAGAUUGGAUAUUUUGGUCAACAACGCAGGAGUGAACAAUGAGAAAAACUGGGAACAGACUCUACAAAUUAACUUGGUUUCUGUUAUCAGUGGGACCUAUCUUGGUUUGGAUUACAUGAGUAAGCAAAAUGGAGGUGAAGGUGGCAUCAUCAUCAAUAUUUCUUCAAUAGCAGGGCUCAUGCCUGUUGCACAGCAACCUGUUUAUUGUGCCUCAAAGCAUGGCAUAAUCGGAUUCACACGCUCAGCAGCGAUGGCUGCUAACCUUAUGAAAAGCGGUGUGAGACUGAAUGUCAUUUGUCCAGGCUUUGUGAAAACACCCAUCCUUGAAUCCAUUGAAAAAGAAGAAAAUAUGGGGCAAUAUAUAGAAUAUACGGACCAGAUCAAGGCUAUGAUGAAAUUCUAUGGAAUUUUGGACCCAUCAGCCAUUGCCAAUGGAUUAAUAAAUCUCAUUGAAGAUGAUGCUCUCAAUGGUGCCAUUAUGAAGAUCACGGCCUCGAAAGGAAUUCAUUUCCAAGAUUAUGACCUCUUUCCAUCCUUUUCGAAAGCCCCAUGAGCUUCUUCACCAUCAGUCAUAACUGACAAUCAGCACAAGUGACUCACUCAGACUGCAGCUCUACUAAUACAGCUUUUUCAAUGGAAUGACGCAGGAUGAAAUCUACCUUCACAUAUCUGAUGUUAAUAUUCUUCCAAAUGAUUAGUUGAAUGUAUAGUUAAAGAUUAUGAUAAGCUAGCAAAAAGCGCAGUGCAAACCAAAACUGGGUUAUAACCUAUAUGAAGACAAAACAAAGGAGAUUCAAAAGACAUUCUGCCUUUCAGAAAACAUAUUUAUGACAGUUCCUCAUACAUAUUAAUGGUUUUCAGGAAGUCUUCUUAAAGGAGAUACUUGAAUUGUUAUUUAAGUCAAAGCAGACUUUAAAUGACUCACUUUGUGUGUUUGCACUUCAAAAGGGGGAAGCUCCUUUACAAUGGAAAUAUUUAGUAAUGAAAGUGUGCACUCGCUCUGCAAGCUAAACAUUUCAACUCUUUGAAGUAGUGCUGUAUUUGUGGGCCAGUGUUAGGGAAUGAAUUCCAGUGUAGCCAUGUCCCAGUGACAAGUCUGUUCUAUGGGAAUAUGAUCCUGUUAUUAACACUGGAAAUUCACAGUUCAGCCUCAAAUCAAGGAAGAUGAUUUAUUUCUGAAUUUAAAAUUUGUAAUGGACUCCAAAACACUCAGGAAUGAAACUUUUAACAGUCAUAGCAAAAUAGGGGUGGAUGUAAAUUUAUAUAUAUAUAUAUAUAUAUAUAUAUAUAUAUAUAUAUAUAUAAUAUGCGUAUUAUAAAAUGAUACAAAUGUAUUUUCCAGAUUAUUUCUCUGUUGAUUUAUACCAAUUUCAAAAGUGCCUCUCUUUCAAUAAAACUCUUGUAUUCAAAUUCA